UAAAACUGAAUUCAAUUCAAUGAAUGCGUAAAACUGCUCUCCUCGGAUAGUACCAGAUUGCUUUUCAUAGCGCUUUUAUUCGAACCUCCGUGUGCGAAAUGCCUGGCUGUAUCCAAGCUAUCGAAUACCAUUAACCGAGAAACACUCUUUGCGUUCUCCUGGUCCGCGCGUCAAAUUCGCGCGUGUCUCCGCGAACAAAAUCGGUGAGUUCGGCAGAGCCGCAACCGGUUAUUUCGAGGUCGGUGCGCCGCUGUUGCGUCACAGCCGCGCGGCUGGCGGCUGUGGCAGCAUCGGCAACGCCGCCUUCGCGACACACAGGGAUGAGCACCGACCUCUGCUGAGCACCGCAAGCGAACAGGUUGUGUCCGGCAGCACGCGGGAAACCGGUUAUCGGCCACCGCGGCGCGAUCGUCCUGCGAGCACCGGCCGAGCGAGGCGCUACGGCGCCGAGGGGGUGCCACCUGCGGCGCCGGACGGGAAUCCAGCCGCGGGGUGGGCGUCAGGGCAACCUGGAGCAGCGAGCCAGGGGCCGGUGGGUGGCGCUGGCAACCGGUAGGCACGCACUCCGGUUAGUUGUUUUGGGCGGCGGCAACGCUGCAUUCAACAAGUGGCCGUCGCCAUGUACUGCUGCUGCUCGGGGUGUGCGCGCUGCACCGCCCCGGCCGCCGCCCGUGUGAUCGUGCGCGCCGCCUCCGACACGGCGCUCGAGCCGGAGGCGGCGGCGGCCGCCCCCGAGCCGUGCGGCUACGAGUUGUAUCAGAAGUCGCUGCUCGGGGUGCCCUGGCCGUCCGAUUACGGCGACGCCUCCAGCGACGACCUCAGCUCCGAGUGGGACUCGGACGCGGCCGAACCGCCCUCCGCCUCCGCCCCUGCCACCCCCGUCAAGCCGUCGGGGUGGCGCAAGCUGCGCAGCAUCGUCCAGUGGACGCCCUUCUUCCAGACCUACAAGAAGAAGCGCUACCUCUGGAUCCAGCUGGCCGGACACCAGGGCAACUUCAAGGCCGGCCCUGAGCAAGGCACCAUCCUGAAGAAGCUGUGCCCGAAGGAGGAGCUGUGCUUCCAGGCGCUGAUGCGGGACGUGCUGCGACCCUACGUGCCCGAAUACAAGGGCCACUUCACCGCCGACGACGGCGAACAGUACCUGCAGCUUCAAGACUUACUCGGCGACUUUACGUCACCGUGCGUGAUGGACUGCAAGAUCGGGGUGCGCACCUACCUGGAAGACGAGCUGGCCAAGGCCAAGGAGAAGCCGAAACUACGGCGCGACAUGUACGACAAAAUGAUCCAGAUCGACCCCUUGGCGCCCACCGACGAGGAGCACAGACUGAAGGGCGUGACAAAGCCGCGCUACAUGGUGUGGCGCGAAACCAUCUCAUCGACGGCCACCCUCGGCUUCCGGAUCGAAGGCAUCAGGCAGGCCGACGGCCGCUCCAGUAAAGACUUUAAGACCACAAAGGCCAGGGAGCAGGUGGCCGAAGCCUUCAGGGAAUUUACGGCCGGCUACCCGCAUGCCAUACCCAAGUACAUCCAGCGGUUGAAGGCGAUCAGGGCGACGCUGGAGGUGUCCGAGUUCUUCGCCACACAUGAGGUGAUCGGCAGUUCGCUACUGUUCGUGCACGACGCGAGCAACGCCAACGUGUGGUUGAUUGACUUUGCCAAGACUACGAGGCUGCCGUCGGGCCUCGCGAUCGACCACGCGUCGCGCUGGGUCGUCAGCAACCACGAAGACGGCUACCUAGUGGGCGUCAACAACCUGCUGUCCAUUUUCAAGCAGGUGCAUCAGCAGCAACAGCAGCAGCAGUCGUGAAUCUACCGAGAAACAGAGAGCGAAUGAACUUUGACCUCCGACGACGGUGACUCCCUCCCUCUCUCUCUCUCUCUCCCUUACACAGAAUCAAUCACUCGUAAAUUUUUUGACGUCUCAGGUGCGCGCAUGUCCGCUGCGUUGGCUCCCGCUGAAGGGCGGCAGUGUUUUGGUUCUUACUUUCUCACUGUCUAAUUUUAUCGGCCGCGUGGAGACCUGCUUACAUUUAUAAGUUAGUAGUAUGUCCUCUCGAAAUGUACACAAAUUGAAAAAGAGGCUGUGCAUCCCGUUGCUGGUUCUCCUUUUUUGAAAUCUUGCCAUAGUGACUAGAAGUAUAAUGACUCUGCCCCAGUUGACACAGCUAGAUUAUUUCUCGCAUAUUAUUUACAAUGCGGGAUGGAUUUGAAUUGUUUUGUGAUCGAAAUGAAUGAAAUAAUUAAAUUACGAUCAAAAACAGAAAAUCAAUGCUACUUUUCAUACACUUGUUGGCCGUAUAAUUCCUAAGCAAUUUUUACAGCCUAAAUUUCAAGGAGCAAGUUGACUCUGCUUGUCUUCAAGGGAUUAUCUUAUAAAAAAAUAGUGCACUAAAUUCGCCGUAAUGUCAAAACGUGUAAAUAUAUAAUAUCUUGAUAUUUUGAAGCUGUAAAAAUGAAUGAAAAUUGAGGUUAACAAUUUGAGCAGUAAUUUUUUACGCGACAGUUUAGAAUGAAUCACUUGAUUUACAAUUUAACAUGUCAAUAACCGUAAUUUGAUUUUGCGUGAUAGGCUCCUAUCACGAUUUAAUACCAAUUCUUUAAACUUAUUAUCGAUUUAGGUUCAUGGUUGAGCCCCUUUUAAAAAUUCGGUCAUCACUCGCAAAGAAUUAGUUUGCACUGCACUCAAUAAUGCGAAAAAAAAAUUGAAACAAAUUAUCAGAUGAAAACUGUCGGCAGCUGGGGUGGAACGGGUCUCCUGGCUUUUAUUGCAUUUUCACACUCGCACUUGAAAGAGCAAAGUCACUCAUCCCCUUCAGCGAACCGAGUUUUAUCGCGCAGCGGUUUGCGUCAUUUACUCAAAAGAAUCGGCACUCGCGGAGCACAUCCGCCUAUCUUUUUUUCGCGCCUUCCGCCCACGAGAGGAGUCACUCGGGUAUUUUUUGUUUUUUUUAAUUGUCAUAAAGUGUAUGAAAAAAGGGGCGAAACUCCGCCUCGAGCAGCUGCGUCCGCGUCUCGUUUGCUCUGUGUUUCUCUGUGCGCGCGAAUCUCUACCCUACUGAAGUGCAGUGACUGGACACUGUGACAGUGUCAGUGUGAUAAACUUAGUCACGUCUGCAGCACCGCCUCAGACGCUCGGGUGCCCUCAGAGGCGCGAGAUCUGCACCGACUUGCCGUCCCAGUCGUCGUCGUCAUCUGCAGCUCGCAUUGCGACCCCAGCACUGGAGGUCUCGUCCUCGAAGGUCAGCGUGGGACGCAGCGAGCCGCGACGGGAGUGGAGCGCGUGCAGCGCCCGCAUCAGGUCGCCCACCGUCGUACCGUCCAGCUGCAAACCACACCUGAUCAGUACUUACGCUGCCGGACAGUGUCUGUUUAUUGUUCUGUCUGACUGUCUGAGUGCGUCCGCCGGUUUAGCCAGUUAGUCAGAGGAAAUUGUUGUUGUGCACAACAACUUCUGUUUGAGUGUGUACAUAUUAUAAGUGUGUGAGUUGUAAGCAACAGAGCUCGGGUCAGUCCAAAGAGAGAAUUUAUGUAAGUUCAGUGUUUCGUGAGAUGAGAAGCUAAUGUGAUGCCCUGUUCUUUAAUAAAUCACGAUUUAGAUGAAUCUGUCUAAUCAGAAUGGA